GCAACCAAUGCGCGUCCCCGCCCCGGUGGAGGCUGUCCGAGAUCCCGGGAAGAGGAGUUGGAGCCGUGCGAGUUAAAGUUGGGCUAAAGGGGGGUGAGAGGAUGCUGCAGAACAAUCUACGAUCUAAUUAACAUAGCCUAUGCGGAGAAACGUGUCCUAAGUGAAGGAUGACUUGCAAAAUACUGAGCAUAUGCCUCUUAUUUUUGGGUUUUCAACAUUGCUCAUCACGAGAAUGUGUUGAUCCGCUGGUCUCUGGGCUCUAUGCCUCCUCCUUCCUGGCCUCCUCCCGAUAUAACUUUCUGUACUCUGCCAACUUUGCCAAAUUGUAUGGCAGCAGUGGCUGGUCCCCAUCCCCUAGGGACAGACAGCCAUGGCUACAGGUAGACCUGGGCAGGAAGUACAGACUGGUGGCCAUUGCCACUCAGGGAACCUUCAACUCAUAUGACUGGGUCACCAAAUACACCCUCCUCUAUGGAGACAGACCAGACUCCUGGACGCCGUACAUCAUGAGAGGAGGCAACUCUACGCUGCCUGCAAACUGGAAUGAUUAUCAGGUGAAGAGGAAUGUCUUCCAUUACGCCUUUACUGCUAAACACAUUCGUCUGCUGCCUCUGGCGUGGAACACAGAGAAUGGAGGGAAGAUCGGUGUGAGGCUGGAGCUGUUUGGUUGCCCUUAUGAUUCCUAUGUCCUACAGUACAACGGGGAUGACUCAGUGGUCUACGUUUACCCAGAAAUGAAGUCCCGCACACUGCACGACCACAUCGCCAUUAACUUCAAGACUCUGGAGCAGGAUGGUCUGCUGUUACACAGUGAAGGGGUUCAGGGAGACCUCUUCACUUUGGAGCUGAAGAGAGGCCGUCUUUACUUGCACAUCAGCCUUGGAAGCAGCGUCAUACACAAAGUUGAUGGUCGAACUACAUUAACUGCUGGCAGCCUUCUUGAUAACCUACACUGGCAUUAUGUCACCAUCAAGCGCUAUGGUCGACAGGUGAACUUCACAGUGGACAGUCAGACAGUAACAGCCAUCUGCAAUGGAGAGUUUACCCACCUGGAUCUGGAUAAUCAGUUGUAUGUAGGAGGAGUAAUAGAGGAAAACUUCCCUCACCUCCCCACCACGCCAAAUUUCCGGGGCUGCCUGGAGAAUGUCUUCAUCAACGGCGUCAACAUCAUUGACAAGACUCAGAGAAAAGAACCUGACAUCCGCAUACCGCGAAAAAAAAAGAUGCAUUUUGCCUGCCGUGACAUUCUUCUCAAACCGAUGACCUUUGCUGGGCCCAACAACUACCUCCAGGUGCCGGGCUUCUUCAGGAAGCCUCGAAUGUUUGUCAAGUUUAAGUUCCGCUCCUGGGACUACACGGGGCUCCUAAUGUUCACUCGCUUUGCCGAUGACCUGGGUGCACUUGAGCUGGGCCUGAGUGAGGGACAGAUUAACGUCACUAUAUUUCAGCCUGGCAAGAAGAAACUCCAGUUCGCUGCAGGAUACAGGCUUAAUGAUGGCUACUGGCAUACGGUGGAUUUGGCAGCCAGAGAUAAUCUGCUGACUCUCACAAUCGACGAGGAGGAGGGCUCCCCGCUUAAGAUCACCAACCCUUUCACAAUUCGAACAGGGGAUCGCUACUUUUUUGGGGGUUGUCCGAAAACCAAUAACACUAUAAGGAAGUGUGAGACCAAGCUGAAUCGCUUCCAUGGUUGCAUGCAGCAUAUCUUCAUCGACAAUGAACAGCUUGAUAUCGACAUUAUUCUGCAACGACAGUGGGGACGCUAUGCUGAGCUGUUGUUAGGCACCUGUGGCAUCACUGACAGAUGCUCUCCAAAUCCAUGUGAACAUGAAGGCAGAUGCAUCCAGUCCUGGGAUGACUUUAUCUGUCUGUGUGAGAACACAGGCUACAAAGGAGAAGUGUGUCACAUGUCGGUUUAUAAAGAGUCAUGUGAAGCCUACAGACUCAGCGGCAAGUAUUGGUCCGGGAACUACACCAUCGAUCCUGAUCUCAGUGGACCGCUGAAACCAUUCGAGGUGUACUGCAAAAUGAAGUCGUACAAAGCUUGGACAGUGAUUAUGCAUGACCGUGUGGAGGGUACCAAGGUGACUGGGAGUUCAAUAAACCAGCCGUACAUAGGAAAUGUCAACUACUGGAAUGCCUCCUGGGAUGAAGUCACUGCCCUAGCAAACACCUCCAUGUACUGUGAGCAGUGGAUCGACUACUCCUGCUAUAAGUCCCGUCUCCUCAACACCCCCAAUGGAAGACCUUUUGGUUACUGGAUUGGUCGUAACAAUCAGAGUCACUAUUACUGGGGUGGAACCUUCAGAGAGGUCCAAAAGUGUGGCUGCGCAGUCAACCAAACCUGCACUGACCCGAGAUUUCAAUGCAACUGUGAUGCCGACUAUAGACAAUGGUACUCAGAUAAGGGCUACUUGGACUUUAGAGACCAUCUGCCUGUGAGGAAGGUGGUGGUUGGGGACACCAACAGAACCGGCUCAGAAGCACACUUCACAGUUGGACCCCUGCGCUGUCAUGGCGACAGAAACAUCUGGAACACCAUAUCCUUCACCAAACCCACUUACAUAACCUUCCCAACCUUCAAGCCUGGCUCCAGUGCUGACAUCUCCUUCCACUUCAAAACCUAUCGUCCCUACUGCGUCUUCUUGGAGAGCUCUGAUGACCACCUUCGAAACUUUAUACGGAUAGAGCUCAAUAGCACCCAUAACCUUAUGUUUAUAUUUAUGGUUGGAGAUGGCAUCAUUAAUGUGACCCUAAACUCCCCCGUGCCACUCAAUGACAAUGAGUGGCACUUUGUCCAGGCUGAGAUUAAUGUGAAGCUGGCCCGCAUUAAGGUUGAUUAUCAGCCUUGGGCUGUCAAACGUUUCCCAGGUCAGACCUUUGUCACCAUGAAGUUUACAAAUCCUCUGCUUGUAGGCGCAGCCAACAAGACCCACAGACCUUUCUUGGGGUGUCUUCGAGGGUUACGGAUGAAUGGUGUUCCUCUGGAUCUAGAGGGAAAAGUAAAUGAAGAACAAGGUAUAAGGAGGAACUGUACUGGACAAUGUCUCAAUGCUACCAUACCAUGUCGAAACAGUGGCCAGUGUAUUGAAGGCUAUGCUUCCUACACUUGUGACUGUAACAACACAGCCUUUGAUGGUUUCUAUUGCCAUAAAGACAUUGGAGCCUACUUUGAGAUUGGCUCGUGGCUGAGGUACAACAUACGAAAAAAGCCCAUAUCAGACGAAGCAGCAUGGGCCAACUGGAUCGACCCGCAUUAUGACAACUUCAGCCUUGGCUACAAUGACACAGCAGAUGACAUAGAGUUCAGUUUCAGCACCGUUCACACGCCAGCUGUGUUGCUCUACAUCAGCUCCUUCGUCCAAGACUACAUCGCUAUCAUCCUCAAGACUGAUGGUAGCGUAGAUCUGAGGUAUAAGCUGGGACUCAUAACACACAAGUACCAGCUGACUCACCGAAACCUGGCAGAUGGAUACCCCCACUAUGUCAACAUAACCAGACACAACAGAACCAUCAAAACACAGGUGGAUUACAUGGAGCCCAUAGUGGAAAAGAUAACCUUAGUGGAGGAUGCCAGGUUUGACUCUCCAAAGUCCAUGUUCAUGGGCAGAGUGAUGGAGGUCGGUGACAUUGACUAUGAGAUCCAGAGGCAUAACGCUCCAGGCUUCAUAGGCUGCAUAUCCGGAGUGAGAUACAACGUCUACGCCCCUCUUAAGGCCUUCUUCCGUCCAAAUGAAACUGACCCUCCGGUGACGACACAAGGCUACGUCUCUGAAUCCAACUGUGGCGCCUUCCCUCCUGUCCUGGGUUAUGUACCAUGGGAGGCAGAUCCUUGGUUUACCGGCAUAGAGUAUUUAUAUAUCCAUGAUGACCUAGGGCUGUUUUGGAUAACAGUCAUUGUCAUCCUGGCUUUGCUGCUGCUCUUUGGAGGCCUGUACAGCAUCUACGUUUAUACGUACCAACAGAAAGGCAGCUACCGCACCAAUGAACCUAAGAACCUGGAGUCACCGAGCAGCUCCAGGCCGCUGACCGAGACCCUGAGGAGAGAAAAGAAGAGGCUCCCAGAAAUUGAAGAGGAGUUCAGGAGGGACUAACAUCACAGGACCUAUGGGACAGUGGGCGGGGUUUGACUGUGGGCCAGGGAGAGAGAAACAGCAUUUACAACAACCAGAGAUACCUGUAUUAAGUUUUCUAAUUCUUUCAGGUUUUUUUUGUUUUCUUUUUUUUUGGCUGGACCGCAACAGCAGGGCCAGCCCUAUAAACACAAAAGUCCGUGACCAAGUGACUGACUGACUGACUGACUGACUGACUGACUGACUGACUGAGUGAUGAAGUUACACCAUUGGUCAGCUGCAUGCUGCCGCUUCCUGUAUCCAUUUCAAAUGAAAGUCCCUCUAGUGUUUCAUACAUGGUCCAGACAUAUACUAGGUUUUGACCGGGUCUUGUUCAUGGCUGGACCAGCCCUAUAAAUGUGAAUGUUUGGCCCUUCGGUCGACCAAUCAUGUAACUUCAUCAUUGCCUCGGCAAGUAGGUCUUAUCUGCAGACUCGCAGUAUCACCCACUUGGUUCAGUUUAGGCAUGAGCAGUGAGAUGUUUAAGGGUCGGGGGUGGGGUGUGUCGUCAUGGUGACAACAUGGAGGGUGUGUGUUGUGUAGUAAAGUGGGCGUGUCAUGUAGAAAAGUGGGUGUGUCGUGUAGGUCAGCAAGACUGCAGAUAGACCCUUCUCCAGGUGUCCCCACAUGUCGCCACUUCCUGUAUCCGUCGUCUCAAAUUAAAAGCUCUCUAGCGUUGCAUACAUGGUCCAGCCAUAUACUAGGUUUUGACCUAGUCUUGUUCAUGGCUGGACCAGCCCUAUAAAUGUGAAUGUUUGGCCCUUCGGUCGACCAAUCAUGUAACUUCAUCAUUGCCUCAGCAAGUAGGUCUUAUCUGCAGACUUGCAGUAUCACCCACUUGGUUCAGUUUAGGCAUGAACUGUGAGAUGUUUAGGGGUCGGAGGUGGGAUGUGUCGUUAUGGUGACAACAUGGAGGAUGUGUGUUGUGUAUUAAAGUGGGCGUGUCAUGUAGAAAAGUGGGUGUGUCGUGUAGGUCAGCAAGACUGCAGAUAGACCCUUCUCCAGGUGUCCCCACAUGUCGCCACUUCUUGCAUCCGUCGUCUCAAAAUAAAAGCUCUCUAGCGUUGCAUACGCGGUCUAGCCAUAUACAAGGGUUCAGUUUACUUUUGUUACAUUUUGCUUUGUGUUUCUUUCCCCGGUUGAGUGGGAUCUGAUGCCUGGUGCUCUACAUAGUAUGUAUUUUUGGUAAGUUCUAGUUUUGCUGGAUUCAAAGUUCAAAUCAAGCUCCAUGUUGCGUGAGUAGCCAACAAGUCUCACACUGUAUUGCAGGGUGAAAUACUGAAGUGCCUCAUCUGAGCAAGCUUGAUCUAAAGUAACCAUAAUAGCUUAUUCAGAUAGGGUUUAGAUUAGACACUGUGGGAACAGAAUUUUAAGGGAUGUUUAAUUACAGUUGGAACAUCAGUUUGAAGUAUUCAGGCUUUUAUUUUUUUUCCUGAGCCACUUUUGGGACUGAUUAAAGCUACCAAUAUCUUACUGUACUGGAUGUAUUGCCAUCCAGAAUAUACCUUUUGAAGACAAUCUCUCAUGGAGCCAUUUUUAACACCAUAGCUCACAAUCUGUCUCGAGUUAGAGCACAUCUAAGCGCUGGUGAACCAGUGCAGUGAAAAUCCAGAUUGCAGAAGAAAAAAAAAAAGGUAUUCAUGGAUAAAAACAACAAAAUGAAGAGAGAAUACACCGACAAGCAUGGAGCUUUGAGAUGUUAAGCUUUGAGAUGAUACAUAUAAAGAUUGUAAGAGGUAUAUACGCUUAUAUUUGUUGUAUUGCAGCCUAUAACAGUGCAUUACCUAUACAGAAUGGCACAUAUAAGUGGUUCAGAAUUGCAGUAGAUAGCAGCUUUGCCAAUCACAGUAUGCUCAGAUUCCUAACACAUUCUAAACCACGGGGCUUCAGAAAUAAGAGUGUGAUGAUAAUGAAGAUACCGUACCUCUAGUUGUGAGAGCUAACAGUUGGUGUUGUAAUACAAGAGGAUGACUGUUGGUGUACUGCAGAAUCAAAAUAAAAGUUGAGGUGAUGAAGCUUGCCAGGGACAGGGUGACCUAAAUACCCAAGUUCUUAUUCCAUCUGUCUUACUUCUGGUCGCUUAUACUGUAUUAUGGUCAAGCUGCCAAUAGCUUGGUGCUAAAGAGUGUUUUUCACUCAGCGGGUAUCUUCAGUAUGCGGCAGUGUUACAGCAAGAUCAGACUUCUCAACCCUUUCAUCCCCGAAUUAUAAGAAUCUUUCAAGAAAUAGCUGCUCCCUAUGGUCAAGUGGAGAAGCGUAUAUAUAAACACACAUGCACACACACAAUUAUGUACAGAGGACCACAAGAGUGUAAAUGCUAAUAUUUUACUUCAAACUCACACUGCUUGAAUAUUUUUGCAUUUGCUGUAGGACAGUAGCUGACCACGCUGUCAUUAUUGCUGCUGCUUGUUUAGCUGCUUUCUGUGGAAAGUUUAAAAAUUCUACCUAUAGUCCAAUGAAAAUUUCUUCUCUGGCAAGAUGAAAUUUCGUUUGAUGUGUGGUGUAACCAAAGCUUAGAGCGUUCAUCACUCACUGCAGCUCUCCUCAAUACUAAAGCACUGUUGUGUAUGUGGAAAAAAAUAAGCAAAACAUUUGCUACAUAUUUGCUAUGCAUAUGUAGAGCAUGAGCGCACUUUGCAGUAAAAUGCAAUAAUAUGAGCUUCUUUCAACCACCAGUGAUGUUAAUGUCUCAGUUUAAUUUGCAGGUUCACAAUAGCAAGUAGGAUGUAAUGAGUGUAUACAUGAAUAUAUAUGAAUAAUGUGUUAAACGACUUUUUUAUUCCUAUGGUUUAUACAAAACUGAGUGCUUUGAAUGUAAUCCUUUGACUCUGUAAUGUAUGAGCAGAUGCUACAGUGAAGACUUGCUCUUAUGUUUUCAUUGCAGGCUGCUUAGCACUGAAAGUAAAAUUAUUCAUGGUAGCUUUUUAGAAUGCUCAGGAUAAAGAAAGUACAGUACUUGAUCUCUGUAGCUCUCAUACACCUCCAAAACCCAACUGUGUUGGUUUCCUCCGUUGCAGAUGGACAGGACUGUGCGAAAUUGUACAGUGAAAGCAUGUACAGUAGAUGUAAAAACUGUACAGAUUUGGCCAAAAAGUGGCAUUUACAGGCUAUAUUUUUAAGAAUGUGCAGUAAUAAGAUGAAUGAAAAUGAAAAAGUGAGCAAGCAAGGGGAAAUUGUUGGUUGUUGUGAUGAGUACAAAGAAUAGUGUGUGUUUUUAUUAAAUGGACAAUCACCACUCAAGGCUCAUAUUUGACACAAGCCAACAAACUUGGGUCAAAUAUGCUUUGUUGCCUAUUAGGAAAGAGUCGAUUUAUGUAUUAUAUAAAUGUAUACACCCUUACUGUAUUCAAUGGUAAAUGUACUAUAAAUACUCGGCCUAGCAGUGUCACUUUAAUGCCAUUCACUAGUUAUUUCAUGCGUGGUCCCUGGAGCGUGUGUAUGUGUGACUGACCGGAUGUUUAAAUGUUUGUGAAUUCAUAGUUUGCCCACAAAGAUACAGCCUACCGAUGUUAAAAACAAACAUGUGCACUGAUGCCAACUAUUCCAACUCACUUAUUUUAGUGCACCAACAGUAGUACAGUGUGACAGAAACAAGGCCUGGGCAUAGUUUAGAGUGGCUCCUCCAUUUUCAGGCAUCAGGCGUCUGUAUUGGACAUUUCAAGCACAGUGGAGAAGUGCGGAACUGAUCCUGAAGUGUCCACCCUGCAUCCUGAUGAUGGAGGCGAGGAUGUGGGUGAAAGGGAUUAAGAUAAAAUGCCCACUAGAUGGAGUAGGCCAGCAGCAUGUUGUUAGCUCAGACAGGGUAUCUGCUGAUUUCACAAAAUGAGACUUUUUUUUUUUAAAUGCCGUUUAAUCCUUCCUGGAGUUAACUAAAAAAAAAACAAAAAUGAAGCAUAUUUAAAGGGCCAUACAGUUAAAUUAAGAUCAGUUAAAAAAAAAAUCCUGAUUUGCAAGUAAUUCUGUUCUGUGUUCCAUUAACACUUAUUAUAGAGAUUUUAAUACCUAUAAAGGCCUUAUAACAUGCUUCAUAAGAAUCUGCAGAUACCCUGUCAGCAGUCAGGUGGUCAAAUCAGAUGGCAAUAGCACCAGAGUGAGGAGUAGGCAGGUUAGACUUCUCUGCACCAUCAAACUGAAUCCUCCUGCAACAGGUACCAGAACUUAUGAUUACAGUUGUGUUUGUGAUCACAUGGAAAUUUAGGAAUUUUUUUGUUCUUCAGUAUGCUGAAAUUUGUUUUGUAAUACUUUCACUGUAAAUGACCAUUACUGUGUAAAUCAAGGCAAAGCCAAACUGUCACCUCAAUAAAAUAAGCUUGAAGGAAA